GUACCCCGAAAGGAAAAGGAGCGCAAACGGAAGGAAAAAAGAGGCGGGGCCGAGCGCGCGUCCCGAAGGCCGUCCCCGCAACGCCAAUUGGUCCCAAGGAUCCCCGCGCUCACUGUGCGCUCUGCCACAAGGAGUCCACUGCUCCGGCGGAGACGCCGGGGAUUGGCUGGCAACAAGAAGAGAGAGCGGUCACACUGGGGCGCCAAAAGAGGGCUGAUGAUUGCUUUUACAUGCCCCCCACCUCCGCCCAUCCCAUCCCCCGCCACACGCCCCACCCCCAUCCGCUCAGAAUCGGGCGCGCGCGUGCCGGCGAGGGAGCGCAGCCGAUUGGCUGGAAAGGCACUUAACGCGCUUCGACGGGCGACCGCGUAUUGGCCCCUAGAAGCUCGCGCCGAGGAAAGCGUUGGAGCGGAUUGGCCGGGGGGCGGAGCCAGCUAUUUGAAGGGGGCGCGGGGCGGGCGGAGUGGGGGAGGGGCGGGGGAAUGCCGCCUCAGUCUGGUGUGGAAACCGCGCGGGGGGGACGCGAGAGGAAGAGCGGCGGCGGCGGUGCCAGCGGCAGCUGCUGCUUGGAGGGUGCCCUUCAUUCCUGCCCCCGCAAGGCCAUGGCCAAAGUUUCGGUUCUGAACGUGUCGGUGCUGGAGAAUCCGAGCGCUUUCCACAGCCCCUUCCAGUUCGAGAUCAGCUUCGAGUGCAGCGAGGCCUUGGCCGAUGACUUGGAAUGGAAAAUCAUUUAUGUGGGUUCAGCAGAGAGUGAGGAGUUUGACCAGAUACUAGACUCAGUACUGGUCGGGCCAGUCCCAGCAGGGCGCCACAUGUUUGUCUUUCAGGCAGAUGCCCCUAAUGCCUCCCUAAUCCCAGAAACUGAUGCAGUGGGUGUAACUGUGGUCCUUAUAACCUGCACCUACCAUGGGCAGGAGUUCAUCCGAGUUGGCUACUAUGUCAACAAUGAAUAUACUAACCCUGAGCUUCGGGAGAACCCACCCCUGAAACCAGACUUCUCUCAGCUCCAGCGAAACAUCUUGGCUUCUAAUCCCCGAGUCACUCGAUUCCAUAUCAACUGGGACAGUACCACAGACAAACUGGAGGACAUUGAAAACCAAGACCCUGUCUUAAACAUGGGGCUACCUCUGAGUUGUCCCCCAACCAAAGGAUUAGAUCUUCCAGACUGUGCCCCCAGCAUCAUUCCUGAAAAUUCCAUGGACUGCAUCUAACUAAAAAUGAGGCCUAGGCAGUAUGAUGGACCUGGAUUUCUGCAAAAUGAAUGGUUUUGUUCUGCCUUCUGGAAAAUUUCUGGGGCAAGCCUGAAGGACUUAGGUUGGGGCUCCAAGCUAUACGCCAGUUAAACUGGUCCUUAUGGGAAGAAAAACCUGUCAUUGGUCUGUCCAUUAGUUCAACACAGACUAUUUACCUGUUUUCUUACAGGUCUGCACAGCAAAUGGUACGUUAGGUCUUUUAUUUGUGAGUUUUGCCUUCGCUCCUGGCCUUUUUGGGUUCUAUGGCUCUGCAGAGGUAAUUUGAUCUGUGGGUGGGUUUCUCUAGUUUGGGCUUGGUUGUGGGCUUUCUGACCUAUAACUGGAGAUCUCUUUCCCAGUCCCCUCUUAGGUUGUUUCUUCUUAGGUUUCUUCACAUUCCCAACCAUCUUCAAUCAGUGAUUUGCCCUGACUUUCUGGAGUUGCUCAUUAAUAAUCUUGGUAGGAUUUGGGCUCCCGUAGUUUUGAUGGAUGGCUUUUGGUAUGUUGAAUGCCAUUCUUUCCUCAGCUGGAUUUUUAUUCCUGCUUGCAUCUUGCCAACUCCUGGAAAGGCCCAUUCCCUUAGGUGCCAAAAAUGGGAUUUUGAAGGACUAUUUAAAGAUAAGGCUAUCCUCUUCCUUUAAUUGGUGGCAACUCAACUCAAACAUGACUCAUUCCUCAAAGCUCUUGGCCAGAUCAGAGGAUUUGAUCAAGAACUAACCAACCGAUUUUCUCUGGGCAGGAGUAACUGAAACACACUCACUGUGAACCACACCCCUUAACUAGGAGUUAAUGCCAAAAGGUUGCACUUAACCUCCUCUGGGGCCAUGUGAUCUCUCAAGCUAUGGGAGGGUAGGAUGGUUUUGGAGACAAAGGAAAAAAAGGGCCUAUGUGCACAAAGAAGCAUCCCCUAGCCCUCAGUUCUUUUCCUCUGAUCUGUCCCUUGUCCCUGUGGCUAUUGAUGCAUAUGCAAUUUACAAAUUACAAAAUAUUAAAGGUUUUAUAUUAAAAGUUAUGGUUACUGGGGAAAUAAAAAGCACUUAGGCUGGACUGCGGCGAUUUUUUUUCUCUCUUUAGCCUCAAAACAUCAACCAAUCCUUUUGAAAAACUGGUGCUGAAUUUUUGGAAAUGAGAGAGAAUGUUGUGGAGAGAAAUAAAGGAUUUACUUCCCACCCCUCCUUAAAA